GGCGCGCGCAUGCGCGACGGGCGGAGGGCGCGCGUUGGCAGGUGUCGGGGCGGGUGGCGGCGGGCGAUGGGACGACCCGCGCUGCUGCUGCUCGCGCUGUGCGCAGCCGGCGCCCGAGGGCUCUACUUCCACAUCGGGGAAACCGAGAAGCGCUGCUUCAUUGAGGAGAUCCCCGACGAGACCAUGGUCAUCGGGAACUACCGCACCCAGAUGUGGGACAAGCAGAAGGAGGUCUUCCUGCCCUCGACCCCCGGCCUGGGCAUGCAUGUGGAGGUGAAGGACCCUGAAGGCAAGGUGGUGCUGUCCCGGCAGUACGGCUCCGAGGGCCGCUUCACCUUCACCUCCCACACACCCGGUGACCAUCAGAUCUGCCUGCACUCGAACUCCACCAGGAUGGCUCUCUUCGCUGGCGGCAGACUGCGUGUGCACCUGGACAUCCAGGUUGGGGAGCAUGCCAACAACUACCCCGAGAUCGCUGCCAGGGACAAGCUGACAGAGCUCCAGCUCCGAGCCCGCCAGCUGCUUGAUCAGGUGGAACAGAUCCAGAAGGAGCAGGAUUACCAGAGGUAUCGUGAAGAGCGCUUCCGUCUCACCAGCGAGAGCACCAACCAGAGGGUCCUGUGGUGGUCAAUCGCUCAGACGGUCAUUCUCAUCCUCACUGGAAUCUGGCAGAUGCGUCACCUCAAAAGCUUCUUUGAGGCCAAGAAGCUGGUGUAGUAUUCUCUCCGUACGAUCCCUCCCCUUCACCUCGAUUAUUUUGUACUUUCCUCACCCUAUACCAUAUCCACCUGGAUUUUGAGGGAAAGAAAAUGAAAAAAGAAUACAAGCCACAUUGGUUCCAUGGCAACAAAGUGCUCACAUCAGCCACUUGCUCACACUGGUUCUCAAGGACCCAGGACAUUGGUCCAGGUUUUCAAAGGUCUGUUUUGGGGUUGGUUCAGAAUUGAAACUGACCCCGGAUGAAGUCUGGCUUGUUUCACCUGCAGUGAUUCCCCUCAUCCUCUUACAAAAAGAGCAAGUGAAAAAAGUCUCUGCUAUUCCUUUAACUUCUCUUUUUACGUCUACUUAGGCAGUAGGCUGCUGAAAUGCCCCACCAGGGAGGCCCUGCCUCACUGUCCCUCGUGAGUCCUGGGUUUGCUCAGUGGCUUUGUGAAUGUAAAUAAGGGGCAGAGGCCUCAGAGGAUUGAAAUGUUUUUUCUAUAUAUUAGAACUAUUUUUUGAUAAAUUAUAUAUAUUUUACUUCCUAGUUGAAGUGUUCCUGCCUGUGUGUGACUAGCUGAAAACACCAGUGUGGCCUCGUCUGUUUUCUGUGUACCCGUACGUUUCUGCUAAGGGCCACAGCAGCUCGCAGACACCACAGGUGCUCUCAGGGCCUUCCGAGAGGGCCGAGCAGGGACUCCCUGGACACCGGGGAUUUCAUCCCGUGGGGCCCCAGAGUGAGGUGGUGGCAGAACUAGCACAGGCAGGGCCCUCCUCCCCUCCCUCUUCUCUUUACUUUUAUUUAAGCUGUGGUAAAUGUUUCUUCACAGGAACCACAUUUGGUUCUUCAUACAGAUUUUUCCAGUGAAAUAAAAUGUGUUGUAGUAGCUGUGUUUGAAGUGAACUAAGAGGCUGUGGGCAGAUGGGAAGCACAGAGCUGGGUGGAAGAGAGGCCCCAGCCUUCCGGGCUACCGUGCUGACCUGCAGUGGGUGGGACGUCCGCAGGGGGCGCUCAUGCUGCCAGGGUUUGGCCUGAUGGGCACCCGUAGGUGUGGGAACAGUCUGGCGGUUGCUUGGCCACUCACAGAGGUCACCCCGGAGGGCCCACCAGUAGGGAAUCAUGUGAGGCGAUGAAGCACCUGUUUCUCAGCCCCUAGACUUACACUGAAGCAUCUUAGUACACUGCCCUUCUGCCGUAUUAAACCUGGCUGCCCUUGCUUCUCCAGGGUUUUGUCAUCUGUAUUAGUACACAUUGCUUAUGUGACCUACAGAGCAAAAUCUUUUUUUCCAUGUUCUAAAGUGCUCUGUAUAUGUAUCUAUUUUUACCCAUAAAAAUACAUGCAAGUU